CCAAGCAAGCAUGGAGCCCUAUCUGAUCCGCUCGAUUACUAACCUUGGCUCAUAGGUAACCUAACACAACCAGCACAACAUAAACACUUGGUUCCACUGAAUCUUUCCCCGUGUGACAAAGAGGCAUGUGACCUCAUGUAAAAAAAGGGGUCACCAGCACGAAAUAUUGAUGUUGAAAUUGGUAAACGUUGAACUUGAGGGGCUUUGUUUUUACGAGACAACAUGCCAUACACCGCCCAGUGCAUGUCGCACUUUCUGCUAACGUACUGGACCUUCCAUCUAUACACCAUAGGUCUUAGCAGUUGCCUCGAUAUAUGAGAAAGUAAGGUUGCCAAAACAGCUGGAAAGAGCUUGUUGCAAAACCUUGAAUUCGAUAUAACUACCUGUAAGUCAAAGAAAGAGUAACCUAUGGAUUAUAUGAAACUUGCUCUCUUGAUAUCCAGAUGCCUACCUGGCUGCCUAGCCUCCAGUUCUUAUUUUUCAUCUAUACCAUCAUUUUCAGCCAUACACAUAUGCUCGAAACUUUCCACUUUGAACUAUCUCAGUUGUAAGCUAAACAUUGGCCUCAUUCCAUCGAAACGGACUUGAAACAUUCCCCGUCAAUAGAUCAUAUCAACUCCAUAUCCUUGAGAUGACCAGGUUCUCAGAUCUACCACCAGAGCUGCGGUUCCAGAUUUGGGAUUUCGCAUUGAAACAGGAAGCACACGAUCGCCUCCUCAUUGUUUUCGAAUAUUAUUACUUUUCACAUCUUCUACUAUUCAGACACAAUGCAAGUUCUUUCCUAUCAGUCAACCGUGAAAGUCGCAACAGAGCCCAGGCCUUCUACUCUGCCAAGUUACCUGUCUAUGAGAUCCCUAAAGGGCAACUCGAACAAUAUUUAAAACCACUAAAUCGCCCCUAUACGAUUGAUGAAGGUCUCCAGCCAAAAGGGGCCCUCUAUAUUAGUCUCCAAUGGGAUAUUUUCGUCACAAGUCCGGACAAUGACGCAGUCUUGUCCGAUAUUGAGGCAAAACAGGAUGGAAGCUUCUUUGGCACACGACAAGGUUCACUGAUGACAACAUGCCACUAUAUUACAAGAAGGUUGCCGGACAAGAUAACCUCGAGGAUUAGUAAUGUCGCCUGUGUGCAUAGAACUUCUCCGUGGCGCUAUCCAGAAGUCAAUAGGGGAUACGACUUUAUUUAUGCACGUCAAAUCCCCCACUCGAUCAGCCCGUCCAGUGUCUUGCAUCUUUGGAGCGUUUUCGAUUUCAGGGCGAUCAAGAACUAUCAGAAGUUGGGCUUAACCGGAGCGGGGAUGGAAAGUUUUAUCUUCAACGUGGUCGAGCUUGGCGGCCGUGGUUUCUAUGAGUUUCGGGAUAUGGUUGUAUAUCCGAAUGAGAAAAUUCCUGGUGCCUGGGUGCUUAUCGACCCCGGCGAAUUGCAAAAACAAAAUCGAAAGGUACCAGAGCCGGAAUUAGAACUAAAACCUUACGAAGAUUUUUGCGAUUGGGUUACCACCAAACAAAUCAAAGGUUACGAAAUACCAAAUUCUCGUGGCCUUGAUGAACCAACGGAAUCGCCGACAUAAACGAGCAUGUUGCACUUCUACAUGCGCACAAUGAUUUCAUGGCUAACUACUUUAGUUUCUUUAGCUUGAAAAGUCCAAUACAUCAGUCAUCACAAGAUGCCAAAUUUGAGAGGAGUGGGAGGAAUUGGUAAGCAAGUCAUAAUAAAGCUAUCUGGGCUGGUACAAUUGUAAUAAUAUAGACGGGAUAGAUGGACCAGUGGAAGUAGAUGCACAAUCGUCGUACUACGCAGUAAUGGCCCUAAGACUAAUAUAUAGCUUCGGCUUAUCCAAUUCCGUACGCGGUGAUUUGAGCUCCGAAUGCC